AUGUCUAGUGGAACCCCGUCAACAGGUCAGGUCCAAAUUCAGACUUCGGCUCAAAAGUCUCCUGCUGCUAUCAACGUGGCAAACUACUUGUUCCAGAAUCCAAUUUUGAAACAGAGGGUCGGUUUAUUCGACAACAAAAAUGAUCUUGAGUUUUUCAGGUACAAGCGGUUUGAAAGGGCGCUUUUGAGCGAUGAUUACAAGACUAAGCAGCUGAAUGCAAGGAAUGGAUUGCCACCUAUUUCCAGUGUGGAGGAUGUGCAAAAGGUGUUUGUGUUGUUGAUUCAAAAUCAAAUGAUAAUACCGGUCAAGAAGUUACACUACGCCGAAGUCAAAGCAGUUAAAGGAUGGAAACCAAGUCGUGAAAAGCCUACAUUAAAGAGAGCAGAAAAGGCUGUGGUUGAUCCUAACUUUUAUUACGGAUGGUUGUACACCAAACCUAACCCAUACAUUUUAUUGUACAGUAUAUUAGCGGUUGCUGGUAUUUUCACCGUCAUCUUGUUCCCAUUAUGGCCUAAUUUCAUGAGGAGAGGAGUGUGGUAUUUAUCAAUGGCUGCUUUGGGUUUGAUUGGGUUGUUAUUUGCCACUGCAAUUGUGAGGUUUAUCAUAUACGUGAUUUCACUCGUAGCGCUCCCUAAGCCAUUUUGGUUGUUCCCCAACUUGUUUGAGGACUGCGGUUUUUUUGAAAGUUUUGUGCCACUAUAUGGAUGGGAAGAGCCUAAGAAGAAGAAGUCAAAGAAGUCAAAAAAGUCAAAAAAGUCUGCAUUGGGUGACAAUGCCGAGGGUGGCGAAAAAGUGGAACCUAUUUUGACGAGUGGGGAGAAAAAAGCUAGUGGUGUUGAGGUGACAGAAAAUGGGUCGAGUGGAGCUAAAAAGAACAAGAGAAAGGUUACAUUGGAGAAUGUGGCUGAUGAGUAA